AUGGAGAUCCUCACACCGACCCCUGCCUUACCCUUCCGGGACCAAUUACCGGAAUCCCUCCCGAGCGACACAUUCACUAUCAAGCCCGACUUCAAGCUACCCCCAAGUCCUGCAGACACCAUCAAGGAAGACCGCAGUGCAAGCGUCGAUGGUGAAGCUGGCGAGUCCAGUUCACUAUGUCUUUUUGAAGAGCUCGAUGCCGAGAGGCCCCGCGUGUACCCCCUACCUCCCACGCCAACAGUCAACCAAGUCCUGCCACAAGACUUGAAGACACCAGACAGCCACGUUACAAGAGACCCAAGGCUCAUCCGGCUAACGGGUGUCCACCCGUUCAACGUCGAAGCGCCUCUUAGUGAUCUCUACGACCAAGGCUUUCUUACGAACAAGGACCUGCACUACGUCCGAAACCAUGGCCCUGUCCCGAAGGUCGAGGACCAGGAUAUGCUCGACUGGGAAUUCACCGUGGAAGGCAUGGUCGAGAAGCCGAUUUCGAUGACUCUGAGAGACCUCAUCACAGAGUAUGAGCAGAUCACUUACCCCGUCACCCUCGUUUGUGCUGGCAACAGGCGAAAGGAGCAGAAUGUCGUCCGCAAGACAAAGGGCUUCUCUUGGGGCGCUGCUGGCCUGUCAACCGCGCUCUGGACCGGUGUGUCCCUCGGCGACCUUCUGGCUCGUGCUAUGCCCAAGAGGGGCGCUCGCUAUGUGUCCUUUGAGGGAGCCGACAAGCUGCCCAAUGGAUACUAUGGCACUAGCAUCAAACUCAACUGGGCGAUGGAUCCUAACCGUGGCGUCACUGUCUGCUACCGCAUGAACGGCGAGCUCCUCCACCCUGACCACGGCAGGCCAGUACGAAUUAUCAUCCCCGGGCAGAUUGGCGGACGCAGCGUCAAGUGGUUGAAGAAGAUCAUCGUCUCCAAGGAGCCAAGCGAUAACUGGUAUCAUAUCUACGACAACCGCGUUCUUCCGACUAUGAUCUCGCCCGACGCCAGUGCCGAUCUGCCCGACACUUGGAAGGACGAGCGUUACGCCAUUUACGACCUCAACGCCAACAGCGCUACCUGCUACCCAGCCCAUGACGAAAAGGUCUCCCUCGUCAACGGCCCUGAGUCUUAUAAAGUCCGGGGCUACGCAUACGGUGGAGGUGGUCGCAGGAUCACUCGUGUGGAGGUUACGCUCGACAAGGGAAAAUCGUGGACCCUUGCCAACAUCAGUUACCCAGAAGACGAAUACCGACUUGCCCCCGAUGGUGACAUGCUAUACGGCGGUCGUAUGGACAUGGCCUGGCGAGAAUCGAGCUUCUGCUGGUGCUUCUGGGAUCUGGACAUCCCAAUGUCUCAGAUCGCUGCUGCCGACGACAUCAUGGUCCGUUGCAUGGAUGAAGGCAUGAUGGUGCAGCCAAGAGACAUGUACUGGAGCGUUCUGGGUAUGAUGAACAACCCAUGGUUCCGAGUAGUCAUUCACAAGGAGGGCCAUGAGUUGCGAUUUGAGCACCCUACACUGCCUGCACUUAUGGCUGGUGGUUGGAUGGAGCGCAUCAAAAAGGCCGGCGGCAAUCUGUCUAACGGCUUCUGGGGAGAAAAGAUCGAAGGUGAAUCCGAGGAGAUUGUGGCGAUCGAGCCUGUCCAGGAAAUUUGCAUGACAAAGGAAGGCGUCAAGCGCGCCAUUACGAUAGAGGAGCUUCGCCAGCACGCUGGCGAGGAGGCGCCAUGGUUUGUGGUGAAUGGGGAAGUGUAUGAUGGAACCGGCUACCUCGACGGCCAUCCAGGAGGCGCAGCAUCCAUCUUCGGCGCUGCUGGACAGGAUGCAUCGGAGGAGUUCCUGGCCAUUCACAGCGAAAACGCAAAGAAGAUGAUGCCUGAGUACCACAUUGGCACCCUCGACGAAGCCGGCCGCAAGGCACUUGCCUCUGGUGAAGAGCAAUUGGAGACGGACCGCAAAGCGCGAGGUAUUCCUCCAGAACAAGACACUAUUGGCCUUCCCGUAGGUCAGCAUCUCAUGGUGCGACUUCGGGACCCGGCGACGAGAGAGGCUAUCAUCCGUGCAUACACCCCUAUGUCGCAGGGCACAGACAAGGGUAAGCUGGACGUUCUCAUCAAGAUCUAUCGUGAUACGCCAGAGCAAAAGGGCGGACGCAUGACGCAGGCACUCGACUCGAUCCCCGUUGGGCACUUUGUCGACUUCAAGGGACCAGUCGGCAAGUUUACGUACCACGGGAGCGGUCUCUGCACAAUUUCCGGCAAACAGCGCACGGUCAAGCGGUUCAUCAUGGUAUGUGCCGGCUCCGGCAUUACGCCCAUCUACCAGGUUCUACGAGCGGUCAUCCAGAACGAGGAGGAUCCUACCAAGUGCCUCGUGCUCGAUGGCAACAGGGUCGAGGAGGACAUCCUCUGCCGCAAGGAGCUUGAUGCUAUGGCUCUGUUGGCGCCGGGCAGAUGCACGCUACGUCACACUCUCACCAAGGGAAGCGAUUCAUGGACGGGUCUUAGGGGCCGCAUGGACGCUGCCUUCUUCGAGAACGAAUUGGGAGCGGGCGGCAGUGCCGGUGGGGAGGAGAUGGUUCUGAUCUGCGGACCGGAGGCUAUGGAGAAGAGCGCAAAGACGAUUCUUCUGGGCCUCGGGUGGAAGGAGGACGAUUUGCUGUUCUUCUGAACGGGCCGCAGGCGAUGGGGUGAUCCGGCUUUCGGAUCCCCGGGCUUUGUGUUGGGUGUUGGGCGUUGGGCUAAAUCUGGGAACGACCGGUCUCCGGGGUGUCUGAGGGCUCUCGGGCUUUGGCCGGGAACAUUUCAGGGAAGGGUAAACAGGAUCGGCGUUCUUGGGAUGAUUGCGUCACUCAAAAUAUUUGUGUAUCUCCGGAUAGGAGACCUGGGUUGGCAUACAUGUACGCAGCGAUAGACGAAAUGGGAGCAUUGUGAUUCG